GCAGGCUGGGACGGGGGCUCCAAAAUGGACAACCACAGGGAUGCGCCAGGGAAGGCGAGCCGGUGGUUCGGAGUGUCCCAAUCCAAAUCGGCCAAGACGAGCGUGAACAUCCUGCAGCAGGAGGAGCUGAUCGCGCAGAAAAAACGGGAAAUCGAGGCUCGGCUGGAGCAGCAGGCGCGGCAGAACUCCCUCAGCAUCCCGCAGCUCCCGCUGCUCGGAGAUGAUGAUGGCUCCGAGAACGAGGCCUCUGUGUCCAACAAGUUUGUGAAUGAUGGAAGUUUCCUGCAGCAAUUCCUGAAGCUCCAGAGGGAAAAAUCCAAUGCUGAAACUGCCCCAAAUCCCUCCAGCAAUUCUGGGAACACCCCAGCCCCAAACCCCGGGAAGAAGCUGCUGGGGAAGCGGCCGGGCCAGGCCCUGAGCCGGAUGCUGCAGGCCCGGAGCCUCUCCCAUCCCAAACCCAGCCCUGUCCUCAGCCGCCUCAGCGUCUUCCAGGCCCCUGAUGAGGAUGAGGAGGAGGAUUACGAGCAGUGGUUGGAAAUCAAAGUUUUGCCCCCAGAGGACGUGGAGACGCGGCAGGUGGUGGAAAAGCUGGCCAGGUUCGUGGCUGAGGGCGGCCCCGAGCUCGAGAAGGUCGCCAUGGAGGACUACAAGGAUAAUCCUGCUUUUGGGUUUUUGCAUGAUAAGAACAGCAGAGAAUUCCUUUACUACAGGAAGAAAGUGGCAGAAAUAAGGAAAGAAAAUCAAAAUUCCCAGGCAGCCUCUUCCCAAAAAGUUUCCCCCCCAGCCGACCCGGAGACGCGGCACUCGGCCGAGACGCUGGCGCAGUUCGUGGCUGCUGGGGGGCCCGAGGUGGAGGCCAUCGCCCUGCAGAACAACAGGGAGAACCCUGCCUUCAGGUUCCUGUACGAGCCCCACAGCAAAGGGCACCGCUAUUACCGCCAGAAACUCGAGGAGUUCCGCCGGGCGCGGGGCGCCGCCCCUUUUCCCGGGAAUCCCCCUUUUCCCGGGAAUCCCGCUUUUCCCGGGAAUCCUCCUUUUCCCGGCAAUUCUUUUCCCGGAGAAUCCGGCCUCAAGAGGAAAAGCAGUCCCGAGGCCUCUCCUUCCCCCCUGUGCUUCCCCCCUCUCCCCGUCCCCUCCCCUCUCCCUCUCCCCGUUCCCCUCCCGCCUCCUCCGGCCAUUCCCGUUCCCUCUCCCGUUAUUCCCGCUGCUCUUCCCAUCCCCUCGGCCUCUCCCUCCCCUUCCUCAUCCUCCACCUCCCCUCUGGAUCAACCAGCCGCGAUCCCCAAUCCCACCCCGAUCCCAAACCCAAACCCUGCCACGGCCCCGAGCCCCUCGCUGACCCCAAACCCCGCCCCGACCCCAAACCCCGCCCCGGGCAGCACCAAAAAGAAGAGGAAGAGUCGCUGGGGGCCGGAGGAGGAGAAGGUGGAGCUGCCCCUGCCACAGCUGGUGCAACAGCUGGAUUCUCCCUCUCCCCUCUCAGUUCAGGACCUGAAGGGUCUGGGGUACGAGAAGGGCAAACCUGUGGGGUUGGUGGGAGUCACUGAGCUCUCUGAGGCCCAGAAGAAGCAGCUGAAGGAACAGCAGGAGAUGCAGCAGAUGUACGACAUGAUCAUGAAGCACAAGCGGGCGAUGCAGGAGAUGCAGCUGCUGUGGGAGCGCGCGCUGCAGCAGCACCAGCACGGCUACGACAGCGACGAGGAGGUGGACAGCGAGCUGGGCACCUGGGAGCACCGCCUGCGGCGCAUGGAGAUGGACAAAACCCGGGAGUGGGCAGAGCAGCUGACCCAGAUGGGCAGAGGGAAACAUUUCAUCGGGGAUUUCCUCCCACCCGACGAGCUGGAAAAAUUCAUGGAGACCUUCAAGGCACUCAAGGAGGGCCGGGAGCCGGAUUAUUCCGAGUACAAGGAAUUCAAGCUGACGGUGGAAAACAUCGGAUACCAAAUGCUGAUGAAAAUGGGAUGGAAGGAAGGAGAGGGACUGGGAUCCGAGGGACAGGGAAUUAAAAAUCCUGUCAGCAAGGGCACCACGGCCAUGGACGGGGCGGGGUUUGGGAUCGAGCGCCCGGCGGAGCUGACCAAGGAGGACGACGAGUACGAGGCCUUCCGCAAGCGCAUGAUGCUGGCGUACCGCUUCCGGCCCAACCCCCUGAACAACCCACGACGACCUUACUACUGAGGAGACUUUUUCCCACCAGAUUUCCUGGGAAUUCUUAUCCCAAACUUCAUUAUCCAUCUCUUUUUUUCCUGAUGUUAUCUGGCAUUUUUUGGAAUCACAGCUCCUCCUUCCCCCAUGGAAAAACUUCCCCAGUUUUUUUGUUUUAUUUUUUGGGACACACGGGGAGGGUUUGGAGCAGCCCCAAAAAUCCUCCCCAAGGGGAUUCCAAGGAAUUUGGGAUUUUUGGGAAUGGCAGAUCUUGGAGUGUGGGGAGGGUGGGGGAUUUUAUUCCUUGAUUUUAUCUUGGAAUCCCAAAUCCUAGAGAUUUUAAGGAAUUUUGGGGAAACCAGUGCCUCCAGUUUUGCCUCUGGAUCCGUUGGGAAUUCCAGGAUUUGAGGGAUCCAGGGGGGGAUUUAUUCCCUUCCCAGGGAUUUUUGCCAACACCUCCUGUGCUUUGGGAUGAUGAAGACCCAAAAAUUCCAAAGCCACACUUUGGAAAAAAUCCAACAAAAAAAAAAAAAAAAAAAUUCCAGCACCGUGCUUUGGAAAAAAUCCAGUUGGAUUUUAUUGUCCUAAAAAGGAAAAAAAAACCUCUGGAAAUACAAAUUUUCUUCACAGAGUUCUGUAAAUAAAAUCAAGUUUGUUUGUUC